AUGUUCCUCUGUGUUGUGCAGCUCUGGGACGUGCGGAGGAAGGGUUGCGUGUUCCGUUAUAAGGGUCACACACAAGCUGUACUCUGCUUGAGGUUCAGCCCGGAUGGCAAGUGGCUGGCGUCAUCCUCCGAGGACAACAGUGUGAAGCUCUGGGAUUUGAGUGCCGGGAAGAUCAUGGCGGAGUUUACGGCACACCGCGGUCCAGUCCAGAUUGUGGAGUUUCACCCCAAUGAGUAUUUGUUGGCAUCGGCGAGUGCGGACAGGACGGUACGAUUCUGGGAUCUGGAGAAGUUCCAGCCGGUCGGUUGUGUGGAAGGGGAAGCGUCUCCUUUCAGGACGAUUCUGUUCAGCGGUGAUGGCGGUUGCCUCUUCUGUGGGGGCCGGGAUGCUCUACGAGUCUAUGGCUGGGAACCCGAGCGAUGCUUCGACACCGUCCCCGUGACCUGGGGCAAAGUCUCCGACCU